AGGGAGGAGGAGGAGGACGAGGAGGAGGUGCAGCCAUGUUUGGGAUGAAGGAUGGAUGGUGGACGGGUGGAGGAGGAGGAGGCUUCAUAAACUCAGACACAGACUUCAGACGCUCACUUCUGUCCGGCCCCCCCACGUCCCAGCAGCCCUGCACCGCAAGUGUGAGUCGUCGUAGCGUCGCCCACAGCGCCCCCUGCAGUCAUGUGUGAUGAAGAGGAGAGCACCGCUCUGGUCUGUGACAACGGAUCUGGGCUCUGUAAGGCCGGGUUCGCCGGAGACGACGCCCCCAGAGCCGUGUUCCCCUCCAUCGUGGGCCGGCCCCGGCACCAGGGCGUGAUGGUGGGCAUGGGGCAGAAGGACAGCUACGUGGGCGACGAGGCUCAGAGCAAGAGAGGAAUCCUGACCCUGAAGUAUCCCAUCGAACACGGCAUCAUCACCAACUGGGACGACAUGGAGAAGAUCUGGCAUCACUCGUUCUACAACGAGCUGCGAGUGGCUCCUGAAGAACAUCCGACUCUGCUGACCGAAGCGCCGCUCAACCCCAAAGCCAAUAGGGAGAAGAUGACGCAGAUCAUGUUUGAGACCUUCAACGUUCCUGCCAUGUACGUCGCCAUCCAGGCCGUCCUGUCUCUGUACGCAUCUGGAAGAACCACAGGUAUCGUCCUGGACUCAGGUGACGGCGUCACCCACAACGUGCCGAUCUACGAGGGCUACGCUCUGCCCCACGCCAUCAUGAGGCUGGACCUGGCAGGACGCGACCUCACCGACUACCUCAUGAAGAUCCUCACUGAGCGAGGAUACAGCUUCGUCACCACAGCGGAGAGGGAGAUCGUGCGGGACAUCAAGGAGAAGUUGUGCUACGUGGCGCUGGACUUUGAGAACGAGAUGGGAACGGCGGCCACCUCGUCCUCUCUGGAGAAGAGCUACGAGUUACCUGACGGACAGGUGAUCACCAUCGGCAAUGAGAGGUUCCGCUGCCCAGAGACGCUCUUCCAGCCGUCCUUCAUCGGUAUGGAGUCGGCAGGUAUCCAUGAGACGACCUACAACAGCAUCAUGAAGUGUGACAUCGACAUCAGGAAGGAUCUGUACGCCAACAACGUUCUGUCCGGAGGAACCACCAUGUACCCCGGGAUCGCAGACCGCAUGCAGAAGGAGAUCACAGCUCUGGCUCCUAGCACCAUGAAGAUCAAGAUCAUCGCCCCCCCAGAGAGGAAGUACUCGGUGUGGAUUGGAGGUUCCAUCCUGGCGUCUCUGUCCACCUUCCAGCAGAUGUGGAUCAGUAAGCAGGAGUACGACGAGGCCGGACCCUCCAUCGUCCAUCGCAAGUGCUUCUAGAGGCGCCGCUGUAGCCCCGCCCUCCGCCGCCAUCUGUAGCCCCGCCCCCCACGCCAUCUUUAUUUUAACGCCACUGAGCACCAGCCCCAGUCUCCAGCCGUCGAGAUCUCCGUCAGGUUUCCUCUCUGCUCACGUCAAACUGUGAACGUCGUCCCUAUUUAGCCCCGCCCACCCCACAUGUGGCCCCGCCCCCUCUGUCCUCCAUGUUGUGUCUUGUCAGAAAGUGUGUUUUUAUUUUUGAUGACUAAAGCCUGAAUGUUUCCCGCUGGUGUCGCCUCCCAUCGUCGGGGAACUGAGCGCGCUCACGCAGCGUCAUGAUGAUGUCACAUGGCAGGUGAGCAGGAGGCGUGUCCUCGGAAGAAGGUGAUGUGAUGUAACAACGUGGAGGCGACAGUCGAACACCUGAAAGACAAUAAAGAGCUCUCAUACAAGAAA